UAUCUCUUAUCAUUUAUUAGCUCCCUAAAUCCUUAUCCUUCGUUCAAAUAUUUCUUAUCAUGGCUGUGUCCCACAUUGUAUCGUGUACUAUCAUGUAAUAUUAUUAAUUGUUUAUGUCAAUAAUCAUUUCAGUCAUAUCUCGAUUACUUAGUUUGUGUGUGCUCAUGUCGUACUAUCGUAUGCCCUAUACAAUUUUCAUCUUUUAGUAAGUAAAAUCUAUUCCGAACUCAUUGAUAUGCAUCAAAGAAUAUAAAGGCAGUUAUGAACAUUCACCAAUGAAAACGUUAUCCAUCCUCUGGCAUGUAUCCGGCUCUGCUAGCCAGCCAACAUUCGGCCAAAUCGUAGCUAUGGUUUUCUUCAGUGGCCUCCUCAUCACCGAAGUCGCAUCCUGAAAUGCAUGUAAGGACACAGGAAGGUGCGUAAAUUCAACACUUACCCAACUCACUUCAUCUGGGCAUCAUUUUUGACCUGCUGUCUCUUCAUGAUGGCCCUAGAUUGUGCUCUUGGCCUGUGCCCUGACUUUUACAAGAUGGAUAUUGGUUUCCAUGCAUCACCCACCGUGAAAGUAAAAGCAGCACUAAGGAUGGAAGACCCUCUCAUCAGAACGAAAGGGGAGGUGAAAUUAUUUACCAGCUCAUCACACAAUGCCUGUCUUCUGCGCAGCCUGAACACAUUCAGGCAAGACGGAAAAUUUUGUGAUGUGGAAAUAGUGGUCGGAAGUUUGAUUAUCAAGGCUCAUCGGGCUGUGCUGUCUGCAAGCAGUCCUUACUUUCUUGCCAUGUUUUCCAAUGGUCUAGCAGAAGAAUUUAAAAACAAGAUAGAAAUGCAUUCUCUCUCUGAAUCAAUUUUAUCUUUGAUCAUCGAAUUCAUGUAUUCAGGUACAAUCACCAUCACCGAGACAAACAUUCAAGAACUGAUGGUUGCAGCGGACAUGCUCGAAGUCAGCGAAAUUGUUGAAGGUUGUGCUCAGUUUUUAACAGAUCAGCUUCACGUAUCUAAUGCCAUUGGCAUCUACAGGUUUGCAGAAACUCACAACUGGGUAGAUCUUAUGAAUACAUCACAGAAUUUUAUUAAUGAAAACUUCCCAGAAGUGUGCGUAGAGGAUGAAUUUCAUGAGCUUCCCAAAAAUUUGUUACUCAAGUUUUUAUCAAGUGAAUCCUUGAAAGUUGACUCGGAAUAUCAGGUUUUCAGUGCUGCUCUAAGUUGGAUCAAUCACAAUCUCUCUCUCCGGCGGGAGUUUGUUUUCGAUAUUCUGUCACUAGUGCGACUGUCUCUCAUACCAUCCCAUCUAAUCCAACAAACCAUUGACAAAUGUAAGGACAUGAGCCUGGUCGUAGCUUUAAAUGCUAUCAAAAGAGAUCUCGUUUCGGGGAAAGGAAACCUUGUGUCGUUGACUGCGCAGCCUCGAUUGAGUGCAAAGAAAGAUAUAUAUGUCAUAGGAGGUGUUAAACGAGAAGUGUUCUCGUCUUGGAACCGUUGCACAGAAUGUCCGUAUCACUCAGUUGCAAAGUAUGAUACGUUCACCAAAACAUGGAGUCUAAGUGUGCCAAUGAAAGUGAACAGAGUUCUACCAGGAGUAGCUAUUUUGAAUGGCCUAAUUUAUGUCAUUGGCGGUGAACAAGGCUCCAACAAUUGCCAAGUCCUCUCAGAUGGGGAGUGUUAUGAUCCUCAUGCAAAUGCUUGGAGUCCAGUGUCUCGGAUGCUAGCACCCAGGUGUGAGUUUGGACUUAGUGCAAUGAACGGAUAUUUAUACGCACUCGGAGGUUGGGAAGGCGAUGACAUCGGGGACAAAAUUGAAAGGUAUGAUCCUGUCACCAGGGAAUGGAAAGUGUAUGGAAAUUUGCCGUUUCCACGAUUUAGCAUGGGCGUUGUGUCCUACAAAGGUUUAAUUUACUGUGUUGGUGGCUGCUCCACAAACACAAGGCGGCUUCAAGACCUGAGCAGCUACGAUCCUGAAACGUCCAAGUGGACUCCGCUCGCAGAAAUGAGUGUCCCUCGAAGUCAGAUGGGAGUUGCCAUCCUUGAUGAUUACUUGUAUGUUGUCGGUGGUAUGAGCAUCAAUCAAGAUGUGUUGGAGUCGGUGGAGCGCUACUCAUUCAAAGAAAACAAGUGGUCCUUGGUCCCACCAAUGGCGCACGGGCGAGCAAGUCCUGCAGUAGUUGCAGCUGACGGGAACCUGUAUGUAAUUGGAGGAGAUCAGCCGCAUGUCGUGAAUUUCUACCGCGCACACUUAACAGUAUCGCACGUCGAAAGGUACUGUCCAUCAACAAAUACUUGGGAAGAGUGCUGUCCACUGCCCGAAAGCCGAAGUGAAGCAAGAGCUGUCGCUUUAUAAGACUGACCAGUGGUAUAUUUUCCUCUCCGACCGCUGUUUUAGUAGCGUUUAGUCAUGAUUCACUUUUUCUAUUAGCUGUCUGAACCAGUCAAUACUCAGUCUGAAAAAUGAAAAUCAAAUUUUUUUUAAAAAAAUCACUGUAAUGAUACAGUUACAGAAAAUCUAUCCAAUUUCUAUGCUGCCAAACCACUCGUUUUAACGCUUUUUCUACUUGGAUAGCUUCAUAGAGGGAUUAUCAAAGUUGUACCUCCUUUUACAAGAGUCUUGCACUCAAAUUGUCUUCAAUAUCCUGUAGCACUGUCUAAGAUUUGUUUUACGUCUUUUAGUAGUAUUUAUUUAUAUCAUCUUGGAGACAGAUGAAAAGCACAAAAUAGGGAAAUGAAUCGCAAAUUUCGAAGAACAUUCAUUCAGAUAUUGGUUAAUCCUUACAAAACUCCUCAAGUAUGGUACUGGUGCUGUUUUUUAUUUUUGCAAAGCUAGCGAAUCAUUUAGGUGGUUCUCCAGCAGUUUUGGAGAAAAAUUUGAUAGUUGAUCGAUCAAUUGAUAAUUUCUGGAUUUUAGGACAAAUUCUUGUCAAUUUUUGAGAAAAUUACAGACAAUCACAAUUUCCUCUUGUGCAAAACCCAGCAAGCAGUGGGACUUGGUUUUAAGGUUGUAAAUUUCAGGUUAAGGUUCCUAUGAUUUACUAGUGAAGAGAUUAUAUUAAUUCUAGAAACUAUUCAGUGGCAAAUACGCAUUUCAAAGAUUGAUGUCUUAAGAGGAAAAGGUAACCAACAAAACUGUUCUUUAAUCAGUUCAUCUCCUAUCACUCUAAAUUGGUAGGUAUUUCAAGAACUUAAACGAUCACAUAUCUGUUAUCUGAGUCAUUUUUUUUUCUUUUAUUGAAUGAUAGUAUAACUAAAAGAGGGUAUGAAGCUGAUGUCUAUGAGAUCUUGUCUCCAUGGGAAGUUUUCGGGAGAUUCGUCACAGCGCGGAAGCCGAUGAAAGAGGUUUAUUUUCUCAGUUAGUCUUGAAGCUCUACUAGCGCCCCACUUAAACUGCGUUUAAUAUUGAGUCAGUCAUUAUUUGUCGCUACUUCGUGAGUGCGACUUAUUGCUAUGAUAGAUCGUGGGAAAACGUCUAGUGAAGAUAAGGCAUAAGUCAUUCAAAUGGGUAUUUCUCCCCACUCUGCAUCUCAGAUACUUUAAUUAAUUAUCUGAAAUUACCAGCAGUAAAGCACUGUAUUGCUAUUAAAUAAUCACUAGUACAAUCAACAAGAAGAAAAGCAUACUAUCAAAAUUGAUGGAAGAAGAAAUUAUAAAAUGAGAAAGAAGUUGUAAAUCAAGAUUUUCACUCACUCAUUUCUCUCCUCAGUUCAAAAAUCGUAUUAUGAUCUCUAUAAUUCGAACUUUCGUCACUUCGAAAUCUCUCUAAUCAGUUCUUUUUUCCGUUAAAUUUUUAUUAAUCAAGAGACAACUGUACCUACUAUUUAUUCACUAUUGAUUCUCUUUUUUUCUUUUUUUUUUUGUCUUUGAUAAGGAUUUAAGAAGUUCUCUGACUGGCUGAGAUGUAACUUGCAUUUUUUCAUGUAAAUCUUUACAUCAGCACAUGCCCAGUCAUAGUCAGCAAUGCCAUCAAUGAAAUACAUUAUUUUGCUUGAAUCAUUAUUAUAUUCGAAAAUAAGCAUAGGUAGUUCAAUCGUAUUUGUAUGUCAAAAAUAUUGACCGAAUGACCUUUCAACUAACUUAUGAUUCUUCUUCUUCUUCUGUUGGUUUACUGGCUUAUAUUCCAUACGUGGAACCUACAGCCAUAACCUAUGAUUCUUACCUCUUCGUUGAAUCAUAACGACAUGCAAAGAUCAUGAAGAAAUAUUUGUAUCCUCUUGAGCUCUGCAUGAAGAGUUUUUCGGUGAAUUUUACUACUUUAAUUUAUCAUUUUUUAUGCAUUUUUAUUAUGUCUGAGACUGUAAAUUGUGUUCAGAAACCUUGUGCUUCAUUUACAUCAAACCGCACAAACUGUUUCUCUAAUUUUCUCUGUCUUGUGUAUCUUUUUAAAAUUGAAUUUUUCGGGCUACAAUGAAUUUGAAGUAAUCACUGUCAAGUACGAUAGAGUCUAGAGGAAAAUCUUUAAUGAUCUCUUUCGAGCGGAGUGAAGCUAUCAGCAAAGAACCAUACGGAUUUAUGCCAUUGGCUCAAGUCGGGAACCACCUAUCUCAAUUCUGAUUUUUGAACACUUUCCUUCCUAUAAAUUGUUUUUGACAGGAAAUAAGAAAAUUUUAUUGCUUGAUUUUUUCACAGAAUAUACUUUGAAAGGUCAAAGGAAUUUUAAAAAAAAUUACUGCUGAUCAGUUUCCCUACAAAAACAUAAGAUAUCAUGAAAAUUCAGCAGCGCAACAUACCAAGAUAAGUGGUUUCGAAUUUAGCCCCUAAUAUAGUUUUUCUACUUGUUUUUAAUUUUUUAAUUUUUUUGUUUUUUCCUCUUUUACUCGUGUUUAAAUAAUUUUAUCAAAGGAAAAUGACCUUGAAAGAAAUAUCUUACAUUCUAGUCCUUUCUCCCUGAAGUUAAUGAAAAACAGAUGAAUUUAUGUUGAAAUGCAUUUUUUUCUUUUACGUGCGCACAUACAACUGCUAGAUAUAUUGAAUUUGAGUUCUCUCUCACUUCCUUGGGGAACAUACAAAUUAAAUCGGUGGAAAAUAGCAUUUUUGUUUUAGGAUUUUCACUUUUUUAAAACUUUCUUUUUCUACUUAAGUUCAAUUUUCGCCUGUAAAAGUUUAAGACAGAAAAUAUUGAAUAAAAAAAGUCCGCACAUUUUCAACUGAUAGACAAUGCUGCUCGAUCAAUGUAACAAAGCAGCAUCAUCAGUUGCAGAAUCAGUCGUAUGCUGUUUAUAAAACUACUCUUAAUGUAUGUUCAUUAUCUGUCUUUUUUUGUUCUUCCGUUUUUGUUAUCAAUGUUUGUUCAUAAUCAAAAAUAGCGUUGAGUUUUAUAACUUAUACUUUUUAUAAAAAUAUAAGAUUUCUAAACGCAUAA